AUGAAGACGCUGCUCAUUGCCUCAGCCCUUUUCGCUGUUCUUGCUGCUUUCCCAUGGCCGAGAGGGAAUGGAACUGACAGUAGCAGUAGCCAAGACGAUGGAGAGGAUGGUUUCGAGGGCGGAUUCAACGGUGGAUCUGGACAGGGAGGUUUCGGUGGAAACGGAAAUGGACAGGGACAGGGUGGAUUUGGAGGACAAGGACAAGGUGGAUUCGGUGGACAGGGAGGACAACAGGGUGGAUCUGGAGGAUUCGGGGGAUUCGGAGGACAAGGACAAGGUGGAUUCGGUGGACAAGGACAGUUUGGCGGGCAAAACGGACAAAACGGCCAAAACGGAUUCGGUGGACAAGGCCAGGGUGGAUUUGGUGGACAAGGACAAUUUGGCGGACAAAACGGUCAAAAUGGACAGAAUGGAUUCGGAGGACAAAGGGGAUUCGGUGGAGAAAACGGACAAAAUGGGCAAAAUGGUGGAUUCGGAAGACAAGGUGGAUUCGGUGGCCAACAAGGCGGAUCUCCCAACAACGGUCAAAACGGUGAAAUCGGAAGAAAA